GCCUGGCUGGGCCCUGUGGGGCGGGAGGGAAGCAGCGCCCGAGCGAGAGCCGCGGCCGUCGUCCAGAGCCGAGCCGCGCCGCCCGACGCCCUCCUGCCCGCGCCGCUCCGCGCCGGCCCGCUCGUUCGCGUUCCCGUCGCCGUGUCCUGCAGCGGGGGCCCAGCAUGGUCAUGGCGGAUGGCCCGAGGCACUUGCAGCGCGGGCCGGUCCGGGUGGGGUUCUACGACAUCGAGGGCACGCUGGGCAAGGGCAACUUCGCCGUGGUGAAGCUGGGGCGGCACCGGAUCACCAAGACGGAGGUGGCUAUAAAAAUAAUAGAUAAAUCUCAGCUGGAUGCAGUAAACCUUGAGAAAAUCUACCGAGAAGUACAAAUAAUGAAAAUGCUCGACCAUCCUCACAUAAUUAAACUUUAUCAGGUAAUGGAGACCAAAAGUAUGUUGUACCUUGUGACCGAAUAUGCCAAAAAUGGAGAAAUUUUUGAUUAUCUUGCUAAUCAUGGGCGGUUAAAUGAAUCUGAAGCCAGGAGAAAAUUCUGGCAAAUUCUAUCUGCUGUUGAUUAUUGCCAUGGCCGGAAGAUUGUGCAUCGUGACCUGAAAGCUGAAAAUCUCCUGCUGGAUAACAACAUGAAUAUCAAAAUAGCAGAUUUCGGUUUUGGAAAUUUCUUUAAAACUGGUGAACUGCUGGCAACAUGGUGUGGCAGCCCCCCUUAUGCAGCCCCAGAAGUCUUUGAAGGGCAGCAAUAUGAAGGACCACAGCUGGACAUAUGGAGUAUGGGAGUUGUUCUUUAUGUCCUUGUCUGUGGAGCUCUGCCUUUUGAUGGACCAACUCUCCCUAUUUUGAGGCAGAGGGUUUUGGAAGGAAGAUUCCGGAUACCAUAUUUCAUGUCAGAAGAUUGUGAACACCUUAUUAGAAGGAUGUUGGUCCUAGAUCCUUCCAAGCGGCUAAGCAUAGCUCAAAUCAAGGAGCACAAGUGGAUGCUCAUAGAAGUUCCCAUACAGAGGCCUAUUCUCUAUCCACAAGAACAGGAAAAUGAGCCAUCCAUUGGGGAGUUUAAUGAGCAGGUUCUGCGACUGAUGCACAGCCUUGGGAUUGAUCAGCAGAAGACUAUUGAGUCUUUGCAAAACAAGAGCUAUAAUCACUUUGCUGCCAUUUAUUUCUUGUUGGUGGAACGUCUGAAAUCACAUAGGAGCAGUUUUCCUGUGGAGCAGAGACUUGAUGGCCGCCAGCGCCGGCCUAGCACCAUUGCUGAACAAACAGUUGCCAAGGCACAGACUGUGGGGCUCCCAGUGACCUUGCAUUCACCGAACGUGAGACUGAUGCGAUCUACCCUCCUCCCACAGGCAUCCAAUGUGGAGGCCUUUUCAUUUCCAACAUCCAGCUGUCAAGCAGAAGCUGCUUUUAUGGAAGAAGAGUGUGUUGAUACUCCAAAGGUGAAUGGCUGUCUGCUUGACCCUGUGCCGCCUGUCCUGGUGAGGAAGGGGUGCCAGUCACUGCCCAGCAAUAUGAUGGAGACCUCCAUUGAUGAAGGCUUGGAGACCGAAGGAGAGGCUGAAGAAGACCCCAGUCAGGCCUUUGAAGCCUUCCAGGCCACACGCAGUGGGCAGCGACGGCACACUCUGUCAGAAGUGACUAACCAAUUGGUUGUGAUGCCUGGAGCAGGGAAAAUUUUCUCGAUGAGUGACAACCCCUCCCUUGACAGUGUGGACUCUGAGUAUGAUAUGGGGUCUACCCAGAGAGACCUGAACUUUCUGGAAGACAGCCCUUCCCUGAAGGACAUCAUGUUAGCCAAUCAGCCAUCACCCCGCAUGACAUCUCCUUUCAUGAGUCUCAGACCUACCAACCCAGCCAUGCAGGCUCUGAGCUCACAGAAGCGUGAGGCCCACAACCGGUCCCCUGUGAGCUUCCGAGAAGGCCGCAGAGCAUCGGAUACUUCCCUUACACAAGGGAUCGUAGCAUUUAGACAACAUCUUCAGAAUCUUGCUAGAACCAAAGGAAUUCUGGAGUUGAACAAAGUACAAUUGCUCUAUGAACAAAUAGGAUCAGAGGUAGACUCUAACUUAACAUCAACUGCUCCUCAGCUUCAAGACCUUUCAAGCACUUGCCCUCAGGAGGAAGUCUCUCGGCAGCAGGAAAGUGUCUCCACCCUCUCUGCCAGCAUGCAUCCUCAGCUUUCUCCGCAGCAAAGCUUAGAAACCCAGUACCUACAGCACCGACUCCAGAAGCCCAGUCUUCUGCCAAAGGCCCAGAAUACUUGUCCAAUAUAUUGUAAAGAACCACCUCGGAGCCUGGAACAGCAGCUACAGGAACAUAGGCUCCAGCAGAAGCGCCUCUUCCUCCAGAAGCAGUCUCAGCUGCAAGCGUAUUUUAAUCAGAUGCAGAUAGCAGAGAGCUCCUACCCUCGACCAAGUCAGCAGCUGGCUCUUCCCCACCAGGAGACUCCACCACCAUCCCCGCAGCCCCCACCUUUCAGCCUGACCCAGGCCCUGAGUCCAGUCCUCGAGCCCUCUUCUGAGCAGAUGCAAUUUAGCCCUUUCCUCAGUCAGUACCCAGAGAUGCAUUUGCAGCCCCUGUCCGCCACAUCCAGCCCCCGGGCUCCACCUUCCUUACCCUCACAAUUGCAGCAACAGCAACAGCAGCAACCCCCACCCCCACCCCCACCUCCUCCACCACAGCAGCCAGGAGCUGCUCCAGCCUCCUUACAGUUCUCCUACCAGACUUGUGAGCUGCCAAGCACCACUUCUUCUGCACCAGACUAUCCUACUCCCUGUCACUAUCCCGUGGACGGAGCCCAGCAGAGCAACCUCACAGGCGCAGACUGCGCCAGGAGCUCAGGACUUCCGGAGACCCCAUCUAGCUAUGACCCGCUGGCCCUCUCUGAGCUCCCUGGACUCUUUGAUUGUGAAAUGCUAGAAGCUGUGGAUCCACAACACAAUGGGUAUGUCCUGGUGAAUUAAUCUCAGCACAGGAAGUGAGGUGACUCUAGUGAAGGCAGACUGUGUAUUUUUAUUUUUAUUACAGCCCUUUAAAUUUAAAGCUUAUUUUUCCCCUUUUCCCUAGUGGGAAAAUCAAGUUUCCCAACUGGAAUCAGGGUUUGACGGGGGUAGAUGUUCCUGUUGGCUCUGUUCCACCACAGAGUUUUCUGUGGGGAGGGCUAGAAUACAGUUGGAGGUUGAAAUGCAUGCCCUUAGGUGAAAUGGAACAAGCUCUCAAGGGAGGUACCAAGUGUUUGCAUAAAAUGACAGCAUAUAUCCAAAGGUUCAUUUACCUUGGUAAAAGCAGGAAAAAUGUGUAUGUUGUUUAUACACAUGGAGGGGAAAAAGGCAAUUUAUUUCACUAAAGUCAAGCAACAGCACAGUGCUUCAAGGCAUGUUAGGAAAGAUCCAGGGAAGAGAGGAACGUUGUGUGUUGUCACAAAGUCCUAAAUUCUUGACUGUUGGUGCAGGAUGUCCUCCAGACCAUCACAAAGUAGCAGAGCCUCAGCUGUGUGUCAGGGACCCUACAGUAGCAGCUGGUACUGACCUCCUGAACCCUGCAGUCGUGUCUGGGAGCACGCAAUAAUGCCUUUCAAAAGUGCCCCUGAACUGCCGAGCGUUAGAAUGCUCAGGGCUCCAGCUCUCACCUGUAGAAACAACAGGAGACCUGUCCCAGUGGAGGCUGGAGCAGAAACCAGAAAGCGUCAGGAACUCAGGCCCUGAGCUAGGAAGCCAGGCUCUUCCUGCACAACCUCCAGUCUUGGAAGACUUCCUGUCUGCUCCACUGCAGUGGUACCUUUGUCUCUCUACUGUGCUGGGAGCUUAUGGAGCUUUGUACAUUGGGGCAGUUUCAUAGAGGGUUUAGAAUUUUUUUUAAGUACAUAUAAAAAAAAAAAAAAACAAAAACAAAAAAAACCACCGAACCUUUAUGUCCCAUGUGAAGUGGUAGUGUGUACCUUCCCCCACUUUGUCAAACUUUCUUCUCUGUAGAAACCAAGUUUUCCAUUUAUGUACUUGCUAAGUCACUUUAGUUUAUUUUCCACCAUGUGGGAGUCAGAAUCCUAAUUUCCUUAGUUUUGAUUUGUAUGAAAUGUUCAAGUAUUAUAGCAAUAUUCAAAGAACCAUAGCUGGGUUAGCCGUUUACUAGAAAAGCUUAACCAUUAAUUCACUCAUCAGAGGAAAUGAAAAAUAGAUGCUAUAGCUAGUCAACUGGAUAUCUAGAAGUAAUUAGUUAUCUGUCAUUUGCACAGUGACAUCCAAGUGUUAAAAACUCAGUAUUAUUUAUAAAAAUUGUAAUUUCUAUCCUUUAGAGUGGCUUGUCCUAUCAGCAGAUGAAUGCACUAAGCACAAAGCGUCUUCCUUAAAGCACAAGAAGAGAGCUACUACACUGAUGCUGCAUCUAGAAACACCUAUAAGUUGCCUUUCCUCUCUGUAGUGUCCAGGCAGGCAAGGGAAGACUAGGCACGGGAAGUCUACAGAGCACCAUCCUGGGCCCAGCCCAGCCCAGCCCAGCCCCUGCCAAUGUUGGUGACUCAAAGCAGUCUUUGAGGCUGGCCAGAGACUGUAGUUGCUGGGCUCCCCAUUGGUGCCAGGCUGCUUUGAAAAUGCACUCUGCUUGGAAUUGGGCUGUGGGUUACAGCAGGAAUGGAUAGCAGAAGGGUUUGCCAUUUUUGUGAUGUAAUAACUGAAAAUAUCCAGUAAGGAUAAAUUGCAUUUCUUUUAUUGAUUGUGUUUCUCCUCAUGCUUAAGAUCGAUGAUUUUGUGAGGUAAAGAACAUUUCAUUUGAGAGAGCAUUUCAUUAAGAUCUCUAAUGUGUUUUAAAGCUUUGCAAAAUAAGCCAAGUUAUAAAACGGGGCUUGAUUUGUUUAGGCUGGAGGAGGAUGUUUUCCUAAAAUUUACUGCAGAAGUGCUGUAAUAUUGAUGAAAUGAAACGCCUUCCAGAUUGAAAAUGGGGGGCUGCUCAUUUCAGGAAUGCAGGAACAGACCGCUACAGAUUGGCCUAAACCCCUGCCCCCCCACCAGGGCUGUGAGCUGCUUAGCCCAAGAGACCUAGCAGCUAUGGCAGGACAGUUAGGCGACAGAUGAGGGCUGCGGAGAGAGGCUGUCAAGUUAAAGGCUGCAGAGAGAAACCAGGAACGAUGAUCAGCUGCCAGACCUGUUAGGCACUGACCCAGAGAGGAGGUGAGGACAAUCGCCUGGUGAAGAACAUGAACCAUCCUGCCGGAACUUGUCGUAAGCUCCUGUUUGCUCCUCACUUCUUUCAAGUAGAAAUUGUAAUUCCAUGGCUACCUUUAUUUCCCGAGAUGGAAGCUGGUGAGAGCAGAUGGGCUCUGGUGUUCAGCUCAUCUGAUUGCUUCUGUUGCUGUCCCCUAACUAGUGACCCGUGGAAGCUUCCAAGCCGUUUCUCUUCACAAGUACUAAGUAACACUAAGGAGGCUUAGGCCCACUCUUACGGAGAGGCAGCUUUGAAAUACUGACAUGCUCGCCUGUCAAUUCAUAUCAGCAGUGUGUACACUACUGUAUAAUAACCCAUAGCUUUGCUACCUUGUAAACCAGCCUCUCCAAAGAGACUGAUGAUUCAAACAUGAGGUAAAAUUUUCAUUUGGCAAAAAAUGCAAUAUGCGUGGUACUUUUUUUUUUGUUUGUUUAUUGUCUUUUGUUAUCCAGGGGUAUUACUCUCUGCUUUGGAGGAAAUGCAUUUACUUCUGCAAUUUCCAGUUGGGCAAGUGUGUCUCUAAUAUUUACAUGCAACUGACAUGCUGGUCCCUGUAAAGCAAAUAGAGGGUGUUAAUGCAAUAGGAAGACAAGAGGUUAUGGGGUCCCAUUCCUCUAUUCCCAGGGAGCUGCCUGACCAGCGCCAUCCCUCACCCUGCCCUGACUUGGCCUGUCUGAAUUGCCUUCCUGCCAUCAUCAGGGAACAAAGAUGGGGGCAGUCCUCUAUGUCCAUAACCCUCCAGAAUCCAACCAAUGCGAGAUAACAAAGACCCGGGGACCUUGUGGACUAAUACGAGAUCUAAGAGCUGGUCUAAGCAAAGCCCCUCCUGUCACUUUGCACCCUAGAAAAAAGAAAGCCAGGGUCCCUCUAUCUCAGAAAUCAAGAACAAAGAAAUGUUUAAAUCAUGUACUGGUGACAGGGAGGUAGGACUUCAGCCUCUGUCUCUCAUGCUCCCUCCUAACUUUUAUAGUUGUGUUACUGCAUUGUUGUGAGGCCCCUACCCCGUAACCUCUUAGUACCACCCAGCCCGUGCAGUGGCCCCUCUGCCCUGCCCGAGAACUGCAGUUACUAGGGCACUCAGCAAGGGCUCAUCACAGACCUCUGCAACUGCACCCCAGAAGCCAUUAUACCUAAGGAAGGAUACUAGGACUGGAAAAAGAGUGUGUUCUCAGCUGGAGAGUGUCAGUGUGAUGAGCCAGAAACUGAAGGAACCCAAAAAGUAGCAGCUUCUAGGCCAGCUGAUGAAGGGCCCAGGUGUGCUAGCAGCUCAGGACAUGGGGACCCAGUGGGCUUUUCUUCUGUGGGGUUCUCUAGCCUCUAAUCAAGCCUGCUUCUUAAAUAUAUCAGGGUCAGCGUUUCUCUGGACUGGAUUAUACUUAUCAACAGUGAGUUAAGCUCCCUACUGGUUUAAAGAAAAUUCAUAGUCCAGGCAACUUUUCUCAUUCCUCCUUCUUUAGAGACAAUAUGCAGUGUCAUCUGAUGACACUGAUCCCAGUGGAAGGUUGCAGAGUCCCUAUGCCGGGGCUGACCUUUGCUGCGUUUGUACCCCUAAGCUGGGCUGCCUCUACUGCCUCCUCGGAAGCCACCUGAGCCGCUCGGUCUCUCUGUGCCUAGACAUCAAAGGUAAAAACUGGAGAACAGGUAGUAAGUUGGAGUCAUUGCCCAGGCAGAGAGAUCUUUAUCAUUUUGUUGCUUCUGGAAACUUUUUAUAGGACUCACCUUCACAGUGAUUUGUGGGAGACAAGAGCAGCAUCAGCCUGUUUCAACGCUGGACAAAAACACACUUUAAAACUCACAUGCACACAUAUAUACAUCUAUACAUUUAUGUAUGUGUACACACACAAUUAAAUACAGGUUCUUCCUGGCUAGGGGUCCAGAGAAGUGAGAGAUUACGUGUUUUUUUCUACCUGGGCUCAGUUAAAAAUGGAAUGAGACAGUGACCCUUAAAGGGUCCUUUUGACCCGAAAGCCUCUGAUCUCACACCAUCUCAGUUAUUGUUUACCAUAUUUUCACCCAGUUGCAACCACCCAGCUGAUUCUAAAAGACCUCCAGCCAUCCUGGUUGUGCCACAGUUUACGUCCACAUUACAGGUGAACAGAUUUGGGCGACAAACAGGUAGGAACACUGCCCAACAGCUUAACCAAGGAUGGUCCGAACAAGUCCUGCCCACAGAGCUUGCCUGUCCAUUUCUGAGACAAUGUACCAAGCACUUCAAGUGCUUUCACAUCAGUUCUGUGAGAUUAACUAGAGAGAUUCUGUCUGUAUUUUUUUUUUUUUAAUGUGCAUUAGCGUGAAGGUGUCAGAUCUCUUGGAAUUGGUGGUACAGACAGUUGUGAGCUGCCAUGUGGGUGCUAGGAAUUGAACCCGGGUCCUUUGUUAGAGCAGACAGUACUCUUAACCACUGAGCCAUCUCUCCAGCCCCCUGUCUGUAUUUCUCACAGCUGAGGAAGCUGAGCUCACAGAACUCAGAAUUGGAAGUAGCAGGAGUGUUGUCUGGCUUUUAGCUUUGCUUCUGUGUUGGAGCCCUGCCCCCACAGCUACCCCCUCCACCUGACAGCUGCCUGGCUGCCUGCCCUGUAAGUAAUAACUGCAGCUAUCUGGAGGACUAACUGCACUAGACAGGGACAGGGAGACACUGACACCACAGACUGUCCAUCGAGGUGUCUAAUAAAUUGCAGAAGUUUAGGCUUUCAUCAAAGAUGUUUGCUUAUUCAGAGUUAUGCAACCCAGUGCUUUCCUCCAAAACUAUAUAUUGGAAGGACACACUCCUCCCUGGUUGCCAAAGGGCCCAUUGCUUGGUUAAUAGACGUCAACUCCAGAGAAGAUGGCUGCCCAGAGAAUCAUGAACUCAACCUUUUUCCUAAAGGAAAAGCAUGUAAAACAUCUUUUUUAUUUUAUUUUAUUAUUUUAUUUUAUUUUAUUUUAUUAUUUUAUUUUAUUUUAUUUUAUUAUUUUAUUUUAUUUUAUUUUUGAGACAGGGUCUCACUAUGUAGAGCUCUGACUGACUGUCCUGGAACUUGAGCUAUAAACCAGACUGGCCUCGAGCCUGCCUCUGCCUCCAAGUGCUAAGAUUAAAGGCGUGCGCCACCCACCCAGCACAUUUCUUUACAGCACAUAUCUUUACAAUUAAGUCCUGUCAAGUAAGAAGGCUUAUUAGACACUUUCAGGAUUCCAAAGUAGUUAGUAACAUGCUUUUGAUGUUGGAGUGCUAAAAACUUUUCAGAACCAAAAUGGGUGAGUAGGGUAGGGGUAGCAUUAAAAAUAGAAAUACACACAACAUCCCGGUGGAUAGAGUAAUGUUACAUGACCAAGUGCAGAUAACUGAUGCCUACCCUCCAGGAUUUGUUCAGUCACGGAAAUGCAAGUGGUGAAGCCUCCUCACUACUCAUGGUAUAAAUAAAUAAAUACUGUCUCUCCUAGAAUCUCUGAAAGAAAAAGCAGCAGGAAAAGGGGGUUGCUUCAUCUUUGGGGAACUGCAGCUUUAGAAUCAAUAGUGGCGGAGGCUGUUUGCACUUUGUAGAAGGGCAAGGCCAUUUGCUUAUUCCAGAGAGAAGAGUUGGCUGGAUCCAGUCUGCUCUGUGAGUUACUGUCCAUAAACUUAAUCUAAUUGUACUUAUUUUUUUUUCCUGCGUGCUUUUCAAUUACCAAGAAAAAUUUGGUAACUUCCAUAGCUUUGGUAGUUUGUGUACAAAUCAUAAUAGCUCCAAUGUGAAAAAUCAAAAGUGUAACCUGUCACUUAAUGUUAGAAAAUGGCCUAAAAUGAAGUUUAAUAAAUGAUCUUUGUACCAAAUGAUAAUUUAAGUGGGGUAAUUUUCUGCAAGGAAAAUGUACUAUUUUUAUGUUUCCAACCCUUGUGAAUUAAAAUAAAAAACACCUUGUUUUCUAAAAGCCUGGUGAUAUGAGUAUCAGGCUAAUGAGAUUAUAGGCAGGACUCCCCCAUCACUGAGCAGCAGGUACAAUUUUCAAACUGUGGAAAGAGGCUGUGUUCUCUGAGCUCUGGUGCUCAUUUCAAGCUACAAAAAG